AUGAGCACUCAAUACAGCUCAUCUCUGGUCGUCCGCGUAUCCGAAGGCAAAUCACCGAAAUUGGUUAGAGAACCAAUUCCUAUUCCGUCACCAGACCCUGGACAGGUGCUCGUUAAGGUGUCUCAUGUAGCUCAAAACCCAACAGAUGUUCAAUCUUUUGACAGCAAUACUUUCGGCGACGGAACCGUGCUGGGCUGUGAUUUUGUCGGGGAAGUGGUUCAAAUUGGCGCGGGAGUAACGCGACUAACUAAAGGCGACAUCGUAGCGGCAUUGAUCUGGGGAGGCGAGACCAAGGGACUUGGCGCAUACAGCGAGUACUGCUUGGCCGACCAGCGAAUUGCCUUUAAAGUGCCUAGAACUCUCUCUCGUGAAGAUGCUAGUACAGUUCCCCUCGCGGCAGCCACUGCGUGGCUCGCAUUAUUCUCCCCAGAUUGUCUCAGUCUCGACCGUGCCAAAGCACAGGGUACAAGUGUGCUGGUAUGGGGAGGUAGCACCAGUGUCGGUCUGUAUUCUAUUCAAAUCGCGUCUCUCUAUGGAUUCGAUGUGAUCACUACCUGCAGUCCACAUAAUGCAGAACUAGUGCGAUCAUAUGGUGCGAAAUAUGUUUUCGAUUAUAAGGAUGAGAAGGUGGCGGAGGAGAUUCGAAAAGCCGCCCCCAAAAUCUACCAUGUUUUUGACACUGUUGGAGAUCGAGGUUCAUCCCUGACGGCUUCACAAGUGUUCGGUGGUCAUCAAAGCAACAUCUGCACGGUGCGACCUGGCAAAGCAAAUACUGAGGAUGUCUCCGAGAAAGUCCAUAUUACAGACGUGCUGGUGUGGACGGCAUUUCUCAAGGAACAUAGAUAUGGAAAGUUCCAUUGGCCGGCAUCUGAAAAGGAUCACGAACUAGCGAGCGAACUGUUUGAAAAACUCGGUCCGUGGCUCGAGGAGGGCACGAUCAAGCCAAAUGUUACAAAGGUGCUUCCUGGAUUGGACGCUGUUUCUGAUGGUUUCCAGAGAUAUAGGGAUGGGAAAAUCUCAGCAUAUAAGAUUGUCUAUCAGAUAUGA